UUUAGCAUUUUCUUGUUGUUAUUAGUUUAUCAAAAGCUAUGUAACUGACUUAAAAUAUUUUACUUACCUUUUCCUAAACUAUUGUUCAAACUUUGAGGUUAUGUUUUCCCCGAUGAAAAACGUGAGCUUGAAAAUUCGACAAAAAGUAUUAGUGUUGAUUCUAAUUCACUAAUUAUUGUUACAAAACCACCCAAAGCCUCAUAGUUACAGUAUUGCUUAUCAAGACUGAAGAAAUUCACAUAAUAGUGUCAUUUUUAUUACUUUUGUCAUCAAUCAUUCAACUUAGCAAUGCUUUUCAAUUUCAAUUAAAUUCUCCCGACUUCCAUCCUUGGCGCAUUUACGAAAAAAUGUUCCGGAUCAACCAUCUUCUAAAACUAAAAAACGUUACAAUCAAAAUCCUCCAGAGAUCUCCAGUUGAGGCUUCAAGAUGUAUAGGCCUUCAACGGGUCCAGUUCAUCCAUCCGGCACGGUUCUAUUCAAAAAGUAGCGACGAUGGUGGCAAAAAGGUACAAGAUGGUAAAGACAAAGCAUGUGAAGAGAAAAAAACCCAAAAACAGCGUCCUAAAUUGGUCCUAAGAGAAUGUAAACCUGUUGAUAUCCAUCCUUGCACGCCGCCCCCUCCUCCUCCACCAUCGAAAUUGCCUCACAUUAAUCAGGAAGAUUGCCCAGUCAAACCCACACUAGAAAGUGAAUGUCCACAAGCUAAACAGGAACCGCCCCCAGAAUGUCCACACGAUGAGGGCAGCAAGUGGGAUAAUUACAAAAAUGCCGUUCUAGUUGGGCUUUUAAUAGCAGCAGCAACACUCGGAGCUUUGUACUACGUUGGAUACUUUGAAGAUAAAACUAAACCGAAAAAACUUGUGGCGGUAAAGAAAAAGAAAGCAAAAAGAGCACCUGUUAAAGACCCUCCAACAUCAAAAGAUAUCCCAAAUCAAGUCCCUUAUUUGUUGAUCGGGGGUGGUACUGCGUCAUUUGCGGCCUUUCGUGCAAUCAAAUCAGCUGAUCCAACAGCAAAAGUUUUAGUUGUUACUAAUGAAUCAUUUCACCCCUACAUGCGACCCCCUUUAUCAAAAGAAAUGUGGUUCAAUGAGGACGAAGAAUCUGUUAAAAAGCUCAUCUUUAAGCAAUGGAAUGGAUCCGAACGAAACCUUUAUUACGAGCCUGAAGACUUUUAUAUUAAGUGUCAAGAUUUAUUAAAGAACGAAAAUGGGGGCGUAGCCGUCGCUAGAGGCUACAAAGUGACUCGCCUUGAUGUCAUAAACCGAAUCGCCUAUCUCGAAGACGGCUACGCCAUUGAAUACAACAAGUGCCUAAUCGCCACUGGGGCCACUCCCAAAAUGCUCAACGUGUUCGAAGCCGCAUGCGCCGACCCCCAAAUCGACGAAAAAGUCAAACUUUUCCGCAACAUCUACGACUUUGAAGAAGUCUACGACGCUUUCGAAGAGUCAAAAUCCAUCGCGAUAGUCGGGGGAGGAUUCCUCGGGAGUGAAUUAGCGUGUGCUUUGGCUCGCAAAGGCAAAAGAAAAAAGAAAACUGUUUAUCAACUUUUCCGCGAACACGGCAACAUGGGGAAAAUCCUGCCUGAAUACUUGAGUUCUUGGACCACUAAUAAAGUCCGCGCUGAAGGCGUCAACGUCGUGAACAACACUGAGGUCAUCGGAGUGAAGCACGAAGAAGGCAAACUGGUUCUAAUCUUAAGCGAUGGUAAAAUGAUAAGAGUUGAUAAUGCCAUUUUGGCCGUUGGUGUGGAACCGAAUACGGAUCUGGCCCAAAAGUCGGGUCUGGAAGUUGAUCCGGAACUUGGGGGCUUCCUUGUCAAUACUGAACUGAUGGCCCGGUCUAACUUGUACAUCGCUGGGGAUUGCGCUUGUUUUUAUGAUGUUAAGUUGGGCCGCCGACGAGUGGAACAUCAUGAUCAUGCGGUGGUCACCGGACGUUUGGCUGGGGAGAAUAUGACAGGGGGCACUAAGCCCUAUGUGCAUCAAAGCAUGUUUUGGUCUGAUUUAGGGCCAGAUGUUGGGUAUGAAGCCAUAGGAAUAGUUGAUUCGUCUUUACCCACAGUGGGGGUUUUUGCGAAAGCUUCUGAUAAGGAUACUCCCAAAGCUGUGGUUACUGAGACCGGUGAAGGGAUCAGAUCGAAAAUGGAAGCACAGGAGCAGAAGACUGGGGACGAGACUGAUCACAAAGAAGAUAAAAAGGACAAGAAGGAGGAUUACGGCAAAGGGAUUAUUUUUUAUCUAAGGGAUGAUGUGGUUGUAGGGAUUGUUCUAUGGAAUGUGUUUAAUCGAAUGUCGAUUGCCAGGCAGGUACUAAAAGAUGAGAGAAAAUACGACGAUUUGAAUGAAGUGGCGAAGCUGUUUAACAUUCACGAAGAUUAACAUUCCGGCAGUCGAUUAAUUUUAAUUUGAUAAGAAAUUUAGACCGAUUUGAGUUUGUUCAAAUGUAUAUAGAAAGGAUAAAAAUACACAUUUUUGUCAAAA